AUGUCUUCAGCUCUUCAGCAGGAUGUUCAGGUGAAGCUUGGAGAUGACGUCACUCUUCAGUGUCAGAUUACCACAGAUGAAAUAAUCUCAGUGCUGAAGUGGAGCAGAGCUGACCUGAACACAGACGGCUACGUCUACUUCUACAGGAACAAACGCUCCUAUGAAAACUACCAACAUCCAUCUUUUCAUGGUCGAGUGAAGCUGAGGGACCCGGAGAUGAAGGAUGGAGACGUUUCUCUGAUCCUGAAGAACGUCACGUUUAAUGACACUGGGAUUUAUGAGUGUCACGUAGCAGUGAGGAAAUCUGUGAGAAGUAAAAGAGCUCACACUGAGAUCAGUCACUUCAUUGACCUCACAGUCACAGCUGAAACACAUGAAAGUGUGUCGGAGAAAAAGGAUGGAAAAAGGAUAUGCUGAUGGAAACAUGGAUGAUGCUGAAAGGGUCAGAGCUCCGACUCUUCAGGUUGUUGUUCCUGUUGUUGUUGUUGCUGCUGCUGUUGUUGCUGUUGUUGCCGUUGCUUUUGGGGUUCAAACUCGACAAACUCGUCAACAUAAGAAGCAACAUCGAGUAAAGCUUCCUACUGAGGACUCAGCUGAAGUGUAAUAAAGCUUUUACAGAAAUAUAAAAGCAUUCUUUAUUAAAACGAAAGCAUUGAAAAGCACGUUGUUACAUUAUUUGUUAC